UUCUCUUUUCUUUCUUUCCGGUUUAGGACUCUGUGAAGUGUGCUUGUUCUCGAUAUCGAGCUAAGGCCAAAUUUUAGAAAACCUAAAUAUUUAAUUUUUGGCAACUUGCACCAAUUAUUAAAUAAAAACAAACUAGAAACAUGUCAACCAAAGCUGAACUCGCUUGCGUCUACGCUUCCCUUGUCUUGGUCGAUGAUGAUGUAGCCAUCACUGGUGAAAAAAUCUCGACUGUCUUGAAGGCCGCCAAUGUCGAAGUUGAACCUUACUGGCCCGGUUUGUUCGCCAAGGCUUUGGAAGGUGUCAAUGUUAAGGACUUGAUCACCGCCAUUGGAUCCGGUGCUGGCGCUGCCCCAGCUGCUGCUGCUGCUCCCGCCGCCGGUGGUGCUGCCCCCGCUGCUGAAGCCAAGAAGGAAGAAAAGAAGAAGGAAGAAGAACCCGAAGAGUCCGAUGAUGAUAUGGGCUUCGCUCUCUUCGGUUAGAUGGACAAUUGUUUGUUUUUCUUUACCACCAACAAACAAAAAACGAAAUGCUGCUUUUUUAUACCAAUUACAAGAAGUGUAUUUGAUGUACUAGACGCCCACAACACAAGCAUAGAGUGGAAUAACAACAGGACGUGUUUUUUAAGAGUUUUGUACACGUUUUAAUGUACAAAUUUAUUUUAAAUCAAUAAAAAAGUAACAUUUUUGUUUUUUAUGAAAAAGUGAA